AUGGCUGGCCCGGCUGCUCUGCUCAAGUCUCUCGGGCACCAGGCAGAGGCUCUCCGCACACUCCGGGCAGUGUGGGGAGGCAGGGAAGAUGGUGCAGCUACCCACCCUCCCUGCAUCCUCCCACAGCCUUCCCAGGUCCAGAGUGAUGGCACCAGCCGGCAUAGCUCAGCCUGGCCCAGCUCAGGAGGGAAAACAGAGGUGGCUGGGCUUGGCUGGGUCUGGGAGCUGGAGAAAGCAGAGAGAAAAGCCCCGGGGAAAAGUCCUGAGGAAGAAGAGGAGGGUGGAGGCCUAACUCCCGUCAGCCUAGAGGAGCCCCAGCCACAGCAGCAGUUGCAGCUCAGGUUGAGGAGGCCUGAGACGCUGAGAGAGAAGGCUCUGUGCAGCAAGCUGUCCCGAGUAGUUGAUGCAACCACCCGGCUUGUAACAGCAGAGCAGACCUUCCUGCUCCCCCUUGUACAGCAGCACCCUUUUCCUCUCCACCCAAAAGAUAGCAUUGAGUUUAGAAACAUCUGUACUCACAUGGCUUUACAAAGAGAGGGACAGCAAUUUGAGAAAGACUUGCAUGAAGCACACCAGUGUCUGAAGAUGAUCAUCGAGAAGCAUAUUUGUUCACUGGCAGUUUUCCCCUCAGAAUCCUAUAUCCCAGUCCGAUCUGCUCUGAGACAAAUCCUGCAAAAUCUCCUGGCAAUGUGAAACAGCAGACUGGCCAAGGAACGAGUAUUGCACAUGAGCUGUAAUAGUUCUGUAAAAAUCACAGAUAACU